AUGAACGUUGAGGGUCUGGACGGUGACCAGGAGGACCCUUCUUUUGGACAGCUGCAGCUACUUGACAGCUCGAAAUCCGGGGAGUAUAAAUGCCAAUGCCGCGAGCAGGCGGCUUUGCCUAUCGAUCGUUACCGGGCAUGUGGCUAUUCCGGGGAAAGGGACCGCCAACAUGAGUCGGGAACCGAGCCAAGCUGGCAGCAUUCCUCCGGACCGUUCCGGUGGAUGGGGCCCGACGAUAAUGGUGUUGCCGAAGGGCCAGGGUUUCGCCAGGGUUAUAGGUGCAUUUUGGGCGGCUUUGGGUCAGUUUUAGCCAGGGGCAUGAAUCGCCGUUCCCACGAACUGUCAAGGAUAGCUGCUCAUCUACCCCGCGAACCGAUGUGA